AUGCCAAUUCAAACACGCACGCGCUUCGCCCUUUUUCGCCCUUUUUUUUGGCCCGGAAUCAACAGUCAGCGGCAGCGGCUCAGCACUCUCUCUCUCGACUGCACUCGGAGGUCCCCACCCUCAGCGAGCAGCCCCACGCACGGCUCAACACGCGAAGAGCAGCCAAAGAGCAGCCAGAGAGCAGCGCCAUCGACCUCCUCCUCCUCCUUCCUCCUCGUCUUUGCUUCUCUCCAUCCUGCACGCCACGCUACCCAUUCACUGAUACCCCCAGGCGUCUCGCACUCUCACUCUUCGCAAGCAUCACCAGCGCAUGUCUCGCUCACGUCUUUAACCGCCGCCGCCGCCGCCGCCGCCAUGUCGGAUCAGCUUCGAUCCAACACCGAGCAGCAGCAGCGCCGCACACGUCUCAGCUCCAUGUACGAAUCGGGCGCCUCCAACUCGGGCCAGCUCGCCCAGCUCGCCCAGCCGCCAACUCGGUCUCGACUCAACUCCACCACCGGCGCACUCGCAUCACAACCACCUUCCAACACCGCACGCGCACGCACAAUGUCCUCCGCCUCCCGCUCCUCCAACCUCGUCCAGCCGGAAUCGACGCGCGAUCGCUCUUAUGCCACUCUCGGCUCCAGAAAUCAACAGCCGCUCUCCGCAUCUUCCUCAACGUCCAGACGCACCUCCUGGACCCCACACAAGCUCACCCAAGCUGGCACACCCUCGCUCGCCGAUUUCGACCCCAACCACGCCCUUGCUGCAGCAUCCUCGGCAUCGCGUCCAGCCACAGGCUCGCGCAUCCCUUCGUUCGGCCGCUCCACCUCCUCGCACCCUCGUCUCGGCGACAGUCUGCUCGCUCAAAGAAAGACGAGCGACUCCAACUCGCGCUCCCACGCCUUGGCCUCAUCGGCUUCCAGCUCCUCCCUCACCUUCCCCGCCAGAUCUGACUCGCUCAACACAUCCAUCUCCAGCCUCCAAUCCCUCUCCCGAUCUACCAGCGGCUCCAUGGGUCCACCACCUUCCACCUCCCACUCGGCCCUCCUCAACCCACGCAAGCCAUCCGAUUCCACCCUCUCCACCAGCCGCACACUACCGCGCAUCUCUCCCUCCCUUCCACACUUUGGCAACAGCUUCGGCUCCGCCCUCUUUGACGACGCAACCAACGAGCUUCCCACCACCGCCGAACUAGACGAAUCCGACACGGAUACGCGCACUCCGCUGGCCACCUCCGCUCCCUUUGCCGCUGCCCCGACUUCCAGCGCCAGACCUCACAACCUCCAUCUCGGCCUUCGCGAAUCCCCCAGCCUCUCGUCACGAUUCUCCAACUUUUCCAGCGCCAUCGCCACACCGGAAGCGUCCGACGAUCCGUCAAAGAUGCUCGGCAGGAUCGUCAGCGGCGCAUCCUUGCCAUCACGAUCCGCACGCUCCGAUCACGCAGCCGGCCUAGGCAUCGGCCUCCCCGACCUCGCCUCCCAAAACAGCUCCAAGCACGCCGCCGCCAUCGCCCUACACACCCCGGACAAGCUGGGCGACCAGCGCCGCACUCCCAGCGGCACCCCUCGCGUCUACGACCGCGCAGGCCAGAUCGGCAUCGGCGAGCUCGCCACCCCGCGCUGGAACUUUCCCUCCACCGCUCUACCCGAGUGGAAGUCCAGCAACAACAACGCCACUCCGCUCUCGGCCUCCAAGCACAUCCAGCGUCGCAACGUCAGCAGCGCCAUGACCGACGACGGCACCGCUCCCGAAUCCAUCAGCACAUCCGUGCCCAACAGCCACGAUUCAACGCUCCUCCGUCAGUCGGACUCCCAAUCUUCCACCGACUCGCAGCCAACAUCGCGCAGAGCAGACGCCGCACGCCACUCGCGAUCCAUCUCCUACUCGUCCAUCACCAGCUUGCAUCGCACCGCGCUCCGCGAUCCCAACGAGCUCCUCUCCACCCUCCCCAUCAGCCCAUCCGUGCCAGGCAGACACAUGGCGCUCGGCGGCAGCGCCUCGCUCCACUCCCUCACACGCGCAUAUCCGGACAACAAGCAGUCCGACUUUAUCGCACAGCUCGACAACGUCGCGGCCUCCAUCGCAGCGCCUCCAGACAGCCCCUCCUUCUCCAUCAGCGCACGCACAGAGUCCGACUACAGCAUCCUCCACACCGACACGGCAGACGUCUCGGCAACGCCCUCCAACGCCUCGGCUUCUCGCGCCGACGCCGCCAUCCCGUCCCAAGAGCGCUCCCCGGCCAUCGGCGACCUUUCCUGGGCCGCAGGCGAGACCGGACCCUUUGGCUCCGACGCAGCAGCUCUCGGCAUCCACGCCGCCUCGGCCUCCAAGUCCAUGAACUUUGGCGACGCCAACUUUGCCAACGACAUCGGCGACGACGAGUGGCGCCAGAGCUUCGAUCUCAACGCUGCCAUCACCGACCUCCUCAACGAUCACGACGAGCUCCACCGCCGCCGUCAGCUGCGCGAUCGCGCAGCGUCCGACGCUUCCGAAUUGGCCGCCUCCUCGGCCGCAGCCAAGUCCUCCUCGCGCCAACGCUCCGACUCUCUGCGUCAUCCCGACGAGUCGCUCGACCGUGCUCGCGUGCCCUCCGCGUCCUCUCGCACUCCCGCCACCCCGUCCACCACCGCCACCACAACGCGCAGGGAGCGUCUCGCCAGCAACAGCGCCGCUUCCAGCGCCAACACAAGCGCAUCGGCCGCCGGCCCGGGCACGCCCCGCCUCUCGCGAAACAGCGCGUCGCUGCGUGCCAAGCGCGCCUCCUCGGCCAGCAUCGGCCAGUCGCUCCUCCGAGGCUCCAUCCCCUUCGGCCAUGCAGACGAAUUCGAAAGCCGCCUCCACUCGCGUGAGGACGCUGCCGCCGAUGCGUUGCGCAAGCUCGACGGUCUCGGCUCCACUCCUCGCGCCAGCCGCGACGGCAAGUCCGAUGCAAAGAGUCCUCGCACCAGCCGUGUCCUGUCGCGGCCCAACAGCGCCGGUCGAAGCAGCCGCACCUCGUCUCCCGCUUCCAGAAGCAGACGCUCCAGCAACUACGACGCAUCGUCGCGCUCCGUCGACAGGAGCAGGGUGUCGGACGACACGUCCGCCAGAAACAGCCUGCGCGCCUCCAAGUUGGGCACUCGCGUGCGCACCGCCGACGACGCAGCUGGCAACGGCGCCAGCGCAGUCAACCCGAGCCCUCUCAACGACUCGGCUCGCUCGUCGAUCUAUUCCAGCCCACGUCUGCGUCGGUCUCAGCUCCCACCGCUACCGCAGAACGACAUCACCGGCGGCUCCCGUCGAACCUCGGCCGUCCACAGCACCAGCACCUCCAAAGACCUGUCCGCUUCCGGCAGCCCGCUGGUUGGGAACCCUGCUAUCGUGCGCACCGUCUCUCGCUCCAAGCGCAUGAGUGGCAACAGCGAUGCCUCGGGACUCGCCUCGGAUAGCGGCCGACAUGAUGUCGCUGCCGGUGCCCACGACGAGGCCGACACAUCCAGGCAUGCUGCCAUCCCACCCGUGCCACCGCUGCCCAAGGUCUGGGAAGGCUCGCGCUCCACCUCGCUCGCCUCGGACAUGUUCCGCGCCGGCUCGGCAAAGAGUCCCAGCAUCACGGCCAGCCACAGCUUCGUGUCCACCACCAGCGGCGGCGAUCACAGCGAAAAGGUCCUCACGCCCAAAUCGCCGCUCAGUCCGCGCAUCCAGGAGCUCGCCGAGGUGGCCGCCCUCGCCGUUCGCCAGCCGAGCCUGGGCAGGCUCAGCGACGCCGCUUCGCGCGGCUCGUCGGCCCAGGACGUGUCGAUGCAGUGCACCAUCGUCGAGCCGGUCGAGGAGAUGAUCGCCUCGCCGGUGGCCGAGGUGCGCUCGGACGAUACCGCCUCCGAUGGCCUCGCCGCCUCGGCGUCGCUCGCUCCCGCCUCGAGUCUGCCGUCCAAGUCGGGCUCGCUGCGCCGAGCUAGCGUUGCUUCACUCGGUCGACUCAUCCGACAGAAGGACAAGGACGUCGAGCAGCCGCUCUCCAGCGCCGACUCCCAGACGCUCACCGCCUCUACAGAGUCGUCUGGCACCAGCCCAAAGACGAGACGCACGCCGUCGUUCUUCCAGCGCACGCCCAAGUCGAGCGAUCCUCCGCAGUCGGCCGACUCGGCCAGCCAAGACAGCGGACGCCUGUCGCGCAAGUCCAUCCUGGGCAUCGCCGGCGGUCUGUUGAGUCGCUCGGGCUCUCGACGCAUCGCUCAGCCUAGCGCUGCUGCUGCCGACAAGGCGUCUUUGCAGUCGGAGCCGACCGAAACGCGCUCGUCCGCUGGCGAGCAAGUCUCGCCGGCGCGCAGGCGCGGAGCCUCGGCGAGCACCGCCGGUGACGCAGAGAAAAGUGUUGCGAUCGAGCCUCGAAGCGCAGCAAAGCCUUCCGAGCACCAGCCCAGGCUGCAUGCCGCCACCAUCUCGCACACCCCCUCGCGCUCGGCAAGGACGAUCGGCACUCCUGCCGUUGCGGCUUCCAGCCCGAGUGUGGGUAGCCGCACAGCUUCUCCGUCCAAGUCUGCAUCGCUCUCCAGCCGUAUCCCGCGCGUUGCUACGAUGAAGGCGAUCCCGCGUGCUUCGACCUCCGGCACCUCGACGACCACCGACGGCAGCGGAAGUGUGAUCCGGGCGGCUGCAGCCGCGUCGUCAUCCAUCCCCACGAGCAAGUCGCACCAUCCUUCGCUGGCGGCCAGCCUGGGCAUGGUGGCUGCCCAGCCUUUGGACGACGACGAGACCAGGUCCGUCUCGGGCUCAGACACCACCGUCGGCACGGCCAAGCACAGCCAGGCUUCGUCGAAGCUCGCGCCGUCUCCCGGGGUCGCGCACGUGUCGAGCAGCCUUGUGCCCAUCCUCAAUGCCUAUGCGGCGGCCAAGACGCCAGCAGAGCUCGAGGGCGUCCUGCGACGUGCGCGCAUCGCCGCCUAUUCGUCCAACCUCACGCCGAGUGACCGCGAGGUGCUCAACGGCCUCGCGGCCCGCCAUGACCGCCGGAAAGCCGAGUCUAAAGCGUCUGCCAGUCCAGCACCUGCUGCUGCCAGCAACGGCAAAGCGGAGACAUCGGCAGCCGGUGGUGCGGACAAGGCCUCCAUACGUCCCGCCAAGUCGAGCACCUCUGGUCAUGCUGGCAGCGGCUCUGCGCCGGGCGACGCAAAGAAUGAUUUGGCUGCACAGAGCCAGCCUUCCGUUGCAGCUGCGCGCUCCUCUGUCUCGACCGAGGCAGCGGAAGCGGCUGGCGGUGCUGCGGCGAGCAAGGAGGUGGGAAGCGUGUCUGUGCCGGUGCGCAGGACGCGCGCGUCGCUGAGCACGGCGGCAUCGACCACGCGCAUCUCCAAGACGAGCACCGUGCAGGCAUCCGCGAGCGAGCGGCUGGCCAAGAGCAACGUCAGCACGGCGCUGGCGCGACGCAGUCCCGCGUCGUCCGACACGGCGGCGUCGGUGAGCUCGAUGCGCGCGACGCCGAGCCAGGACGAAGAGGAGCGGCUGGGCGAUCGCGAGAUGGAAGACUACAUCCGGCGUCAGCAGGCGCGCAAGCUGGCGGCAGGCGUGCCGCAGGCGGAUCUGGACAAGAUGCUCGAGUUCCCCGAGCCGGUGGCGCCGAGCCGGAUGCUGUCGGCGCGGCAGGCAGAGGUGAUGUACGGCAACAAGAUGUCCGACUUUGAGGCGCAGGAGAUCUUCAACUACACCGAGAUCUACUACUGCGGCCAGAACGCCAAGCGCAAACACAUGGCGAGCGUGGACAAGCCCGACCAGAACCACGGCUUUGACGACGAGCGCGGCGACUACAACGUGGUGAGCCGCGACCACCUUGCGUUCCGCUACGAGAUUGUGGACCUGCUCGGGCGCGGCUCGUUCGGACAGGUGCUGCAGUGCCUCGACCACAAGACGGGCAAGACGGUGGCGAUCAAGCUCAUCCGCAACAAGAAGCGCUUCCACCACCAGGCGCUGGUGGAGGUGCGCAUCCUGGAGAACCUCACCAAGUGGGAUCCGGACGAGCGCUACAACGUGAUCAAGAUGACCGAGUCGUUCUUGUUCCGCAACCACCUGUGCAUCGCCACGGAGCUGCUGAGCAUCAACCUGUACGAGCUCAUCAAGGCGAACCAGUUUGCCGGCUUCACGACCAAUCUGAUCCGGCGCUUUACGUCGCAGGUGCUGCAGUCGCUGUCGCUCAUGAAGCACCACCGCAUCGUGCACUGCGAUCUCAAGCCGGAGAACAUCCUGCUGUGCCAUCCGCGCCGCAGCGGCAUCAAGGUGAUCGACUUUGGCUCGAGCUGUUUCGAGAACGAAAAGGUGUACACGUACAUCCAGAGCCGCUUCUACCGUUCGCCCGAGGUGAUCCUGGGCAUGAGCUACCACACUGCGAUCGACAUUUGGAGUUUGGGAUGCAUCAUCGCCGAGCUCUAUACGGGCUAUCCGCUGUUUCCGGGCGAGAACGAGCAGGAGCAGCUGGCGUGCAUCAUGGAGAUCCUCGGUGUGCCCGAGCGGUAUUUGGUGGAGCGCAGUUCGCGCAAGAAGCUGUUCUUUGACAGCACGGGGCAGCCGAGGCCCGUGGUGAAUUCCAAGGGCAAGCGGAGGAGGCCGGCGAGCAAGACGCUCGCGCAGGCGCUCAAGAGCGACGACGAGCUGUUUGUCGACUUUAUCGCAAAGUGUCUGAUUUGGGAUCCGGAGCGCAGGCUCAAGCCGGAUGCGGCCAUGCGCCAUGCGUGGAUCCAGCAGGCGCGCCGACGAGCCGAAACGGCGGGAGGCGGUGUCAGCGAUGCCGCCUCCACGAAUCGAUCGGCGGUGGUGGCGGGGGGACAGGGUGGGCUGCCACGCAAGACCACGAGUGCAUCGACGACGCGGCUGGCGGCGGGUACGACGGCGACGCCGCGCAGCAAGACGGUGGGCACGCGCGUCGCCACCACCGCCACCGCCCCGGCAUACGUCGCGAGUCCGAGGCGAAGCACCGCGGCUGGCUCCGCGCUGGCGACGACGCACAAUACGCCGCUGCGCGUGCCCAAGGCGUAG